AUGGCUACCGACGCCCCCGUGGAGCCCCGGGUUAAGCCCACCAAGCCCGAUGAGGACGCCUACAAGAAGAGCCUCGCUGAGGCCGAGAAGGAGCAUACUGCUGUCCAGGAGAAGCUGAACGAAAUCGUGACCAAGAUCCAAAAUGCCACCCCGAACAACAAGGACAGCCCUGUUUCCAAGAAGCAGCAGGAGCUCCGCACCGAAUUGGCCUCCAUCCGCCAGAAACAGUCCGGCUUCAAGUCCUCCCGCACCAGCAUCCAGGAGAAGAUCAACGCCCUCGAAUCCACCCUUAAGGCCCGCAUUGCGGAGCAGAACAACUCCCGCGGCAAGAUGGCCUUCAAGAAUGUCGACGAGAUCGACCGUGAAAUCUCCCGCCUUGAAAAGCAAGUCGACUCUGGUACCCUCCGCCUCGUUGAUGAGCGCAAGGCUCUCUCCGACAUCUCGACCAUGCGCAAGCAGCGCAAGGGCUUCGCCGCUUUGGAGGACUCCCAGAAGGGCAUCAACGACCUGAAGGCUCAGAUUUCCGAGGUCCGUAAGACCCUCGACAACCCCGAGGCCAAGGCCCUCAGCGACCGCUACUCUGUGAUCCAGAAGGAGCUCGAUGCCAUCAAGGCCGAGCAGGACGGCGUUUACAAGAACCUCAACUCCCUCCGCGAUGAGCGCACCAAGCUGCGCAACGAGAAGCAGGAGAAGUACCUCGCUAUCAAGACUAUCAAGGACAACCACUUCAGUGCCCGCCGUGCCUACAAGCAGUACGAAGAUGAGGCCUGGCGUGUGCGCCGUGAACGCCAGCAGGCCGAGCGUGAUGCCUACGAGCGCGAGAAGCGCAAGAAGGUUGCCGACAAGAAACUCGAGGAGGCUUCUGCCCCCGCUUACGCCGACGAGAUCCUCACUGCUCAGGGUCUGAUCCGCCACUUCGACCCCGCCUACAACUUUACUUCCCUUGGCCUUGAUGACAAGAAGCAGGAAGGCGCCAACUUCCGUGCUGGUGUUGGCCGUACCGUUGACGACUCCGGUAUCAAGGGCAUGAAGGUCGUCAAGAAGGAAGACGAGGACUACUUCGCCCCGGCCGCUACCAAGAAGGGCAAGAAGGGCAAGAAGGGUGGUGCCGCCGCUACGGAGACCAAAUUCAACAUGAACGUUGGCAUCAUCGAGGACUUCGCCAAGGUGAAGAUCGAUCCUCCUAUGAACCAGUCGGAUGUUCCCGCCGUGGUUGAGAAGCUCGCCGCCAAGAUCGGCGAGUGGAAGAAGAACCAGGCCUCCAAGACGGAGGAGAACAUCCAGAAGGCCAAGGCGGAGAUCACCCGCCUUGAGGAAGAGGAGGCGAAGAUCGACGCCUCUGGCCGCGCUACCGACGCGGGCAAGAAGCCCGCGAAGGCCAAUGGCGCUCCGACCGCCGGGGCCGAGCUCGCCCAGGAGAAGGACGGUGCGGCCGAUGCGGCCGACGAGCUGAAGAAGUCGUCGUUGGAGGACGCCGCCUAG